AUGGCAACACCAGAAGCUAAAAAUGAGGAAGAUCUGGCCACUGCCAUCCUCAGACGCAAGGAGCGUCCCAACAGGCUUCUUGUGGAAGAGGCAGUCAAUGAAGACAACUCAGUUGUUUCACUUUCACAGAAAAAGAUGGAUGAAUUACAGUUAUUUAGAGGGGACACCGUUUUGCUGAAGGGAAAACGUCGCCGGGAAACUGUUUGCAUUGUUCUCUCUGAUGAAACCAUCUCAGACGACAAGAUCAGAAUUAAUAGAUGCGUCCGUAACAACUUACGGGUCCGUCUCGGUGAUGUUGUGAGCAUCCAGCCUUGCCCUGACGUCAAGUAUGGCAAAAGGAUUCAUGUCCUUCCUAUUGAUGACACAGUGGAAGGGCUCACUGGAAACUUGUUUGAAGUAUUCCUGAAACCAUAUUUCCUGGAGGCCUAUAGGCCAAUAAAGAAGGGUGACAUCUUCCUUGUACGUGGUGGUAUGAGGGCUGUGGAGUUUAAAGUUAUUGAAACAGACCCCCAGCCAUACUGCAUUGUUGCUCCAGACACAGUCAUUCAUUGUGAGGGGACACCUGUUAAACGAGAGGAGGAGGAAGAACAAUUAAAUGAAGUUGGCUACGAUGACAUUGGUGGCUGCAGGAAACAACUUGCCCAGAUCAAAGAAAUGGUGGAACUACCCCUGAGACACCCACAGCUCUUCAAAGCCAUUGGGGUCAAGCCUCCAAGGGGUAUCCUCUUGUACGGCCCUCCAGGCACGGGUAAAACCCUCAUUGCCAGGGCUGUAGCAAAUGAGACUGGAGCCUUCUUCUUUCUCAUUAACGGUCCGGAAAUCAUGAGUAAAUUGGCUGGCGAGUCUGAAAGCAAUCUGCGUAAGGCGUUUGAAGAGGCUGAGAAAAACUCCCCUGCUAUCAUUUUCAUUGACGAGCUUGAUGCCAUUGCCCCAAAACGAGAGAAGACUCAUGGUGAGGUGGAGAGACGUAUUGUGUCCCAACUGUUGACAUUGAUGGACGGUCUCAAACAGAGGUCUCAUGUCAUUGUCAUGGCUGCUACCAACAGACCAAACAGCAUUGAUCCCGCCCUCCGACGAUUUGGCCGUUUUGACAGAGAAGUGGACAUUGGUAUUCCUGAUGCAACCGGCAGGCUGGAGAUCUUAAGAAUCCACACCAAGAACAUGAAGCUGGGAGAUGAUGUGGAUCUGGAACAGGUGGCCUCCGAGACUCAUGGCCAUGUGGGAGCUGAUUUGGCUGCUCUGUGUUCAGAAGCUGCCUUACAGCAGAUCAGAGAAAAGAUGGACCUAAUUGAUCUCGAGGAUGAGACUAUUGAUGCCGAAGUGCUGGAUUCCCUGGCAGUUACCAUGGAGAACUUUAGAUGGGCUUUGGCAAAGAGUAACCCAAGUGCUCUGCGGGAGACAGCCGUGGAGGUACCCAAUGUGAGCUGGGAGGAUGUCGGAGGCUUGGAGAAUGUCAAGAAGGAGCUUCAGGAGUUGGUGCAGUACCCAGUUGAACACCCAGAGAAAUUCCUCAAGUUUGGAAUGACUCCUUCCAAAGGAGUGUUGUUCUAUGGGCCACCCGGCUGCGGUAAAACUCUGCUGGCAAAGGCCAUUGCCAAUGAGUGCCAGGCCAAUUUCAUUUCUAUCAAAGGACCUGAGCUGCUAACCAUGUGGUUUGGAGAGUCUGAGGCGAAUGUCAGGGACAUCUUUGAUAAGGCCCGGUCCGCUGCUCCAUGUGUUCUGUUCUUUGAUGAGUUGGACUCCAUAGCCAAAUCCAGAGGAGGAAAUGUUGGUGAUGGAGGUGGCGCUGCUGACAGAGUCAUCAACCAGCUACUGACAGAGAUGGACGGUAUGUCCGCCAAAAAGAAUGUCUUUAUUAUUGGUGCCACCAACAGGCCAGAUAUCAUUGACUCUGCUAUCCUAAGACCUGGGCGUCUGGAUCAGCUGAUUUACAUUCCCCUCCCUGACGACAAGUCCCGUAUUCAGAUCCUGAAGGCAAAUCUGCGCAAAUCACCAAUUGCUAAAGGUAUUUUCUUUUUUUUCUUCGUCAAGGAUGUCGACCUCGAAUACCUGGCUAAGGUUACUAAAGGUUUCAGUGGUGCUGAUUUGACAGAAAUCUGCCAGAGAGCAUGCAAACUGGCAAUUAGACAAUCCAUUGAAGCUGAAAUACGCACGGAGCGUGAGCGUGCCCAGAAUCCUGAUGCAGAUAUGGAAGUAGAGGAGUAUGACCCAGUCCCUGAGCUGACAAGGGCACACUUUGAGGAGGCCAUGAAAUACGCCAGACGGUCAGUGAGUGAGAACGAUAUUCGGAAAUACGAGAUGUUCGCCCAGACCUUACAGCAAAGCAGAGGUUUCGGUGGCUUCAGAUUCCCUGGAGCAGCAGGGCAGAACCAGGGUCAAGGUGGCACAGGUGGAAGCGGUCAAGGGGGCAACCUAGGUGGAGAUGAUGGAGAUGAAGAUCUUUAUAGUUAA